AUGGCGAAUCUUCAACAAUUAUUAAUCAAACGAAGAUUUAAAGGUAAAUUGACAACCAACUGUUUUCUUGUUCCUUUAUCAUCUUUCCUGCAUUUAGGUCGAAGGUUCGGUACUCAUCCUAAUAAUAAAUCGCUUUAUUCGAGUUCUUGUUCUUUAGAUGAUAAUAAUGUUGGUACAUCAUCAUCUGUAGUAGUAACGUAUGAUGAUUAUGAUAAAGUGACCAACUUGAAUGAUGCACUGAAAUCCUUCAAUGUAAUGAUCAAAAAAAGACCCCUUCCAUCCGUCGUUAAAUUUACUCGGUUGUUGCAUGAUGUCACAGAACUAAAACAUUAUGCUUGUUCUCUAUAUCUUUUUAAACAAUUGUGUGCACUCGGUGUUCCUGUCAACACUUACACUGCUGGUAUUGCCAUAAAGUGUUAUCAUCGAUUGUAUCGAACCAUAUAUGGUCUUGCAGUCUUAGGCUCUUGCUUCAAACAAGGUGUUGAGCUUCAUGUGUCCACUUAUAAUACACUCUUGAGAGGUUUUAUCCUAAAUAACACUCACCUAGCUGAGCAUCUGUUCUGCGGUUUCAUCUCAAGUAACCGACUACGUGAACUCGACUUAAGCAGCUACAAGAUUAUCGUUAAAGGGCUUUGUAAGGUCGGCAGUAACUUUAAAGCCAUCGGUUUGCUUAGGCUUCUCGAUCAUCAUGAUGGUGGUUGUAGGUUUGACGUUGCCUUAUAUAACACCAUCUUAAACGGUCUCUGCAAUGACAUAAUAUUUAUAGAUUAUGCUUUCACGAUCUUGAAAGAAAUGGUUGAGUAUAGAGCUAUCCAACCUAACGUCCACACAUACAACUCGUUGAUUUAUAACCUUUGUAAGUUAAAUCGUUGGGACGAGGUGUGUAGGAUGCUAAAACAAAUGGAGGAUGCAAAAAUCUCUCCAAAAGUCAAAACUUUCAAUAUCAUUGUAGAUGCACUUUGCAAACAAGAUAAGAUAGCUGAAGCCCAGGCUGUUAUCGACAUCAUGGUUGAUCAUGACACCGAGUAUCCUCCUAACAUAGGCACCUACAAUCCACUUAUUGAAGCUUAUUGUUGGAACAAUGGAGUGAGUGAAGCAAGGAAAAUUUAUGAUUCGUUGGACUCCAAAGGCAUCAAACCGAAUUUUGUUACUACUCACAUGUUUUAUCUUCGGUAUUUCAUUGAUCAAGAGGAUCUAGAGUUUGGGGAAUUCCAUUACGAACACGCUCCUCAACAAUCUUCAGGCCUCUUUAAUUGGUUCAUGUACUGUAUAGCUAAUCGCUCAUGUGCUUUAUCUGAGAUAACAUUUCCACACAGGAAACUUUAUUGCAAUAUCUUGAAGUCAUUGAAGUAUGACCAUGCACUUGCUUUCUUCCAUAUGAUGGAUCGUGGUGGGCUGAAUUCAGUAGGUUAUGUGCACAAGAUGCUCAUUGAUAGUGCAAUCAAACACCGGAGGUCUGAUGAUGAAAGGCGUCAUUACCACCACCUAUUUGUGACCAAUUUAUGCUUACAUAUAGAUUUUGAUGAUUGGUCGGGAGGUUUAGAUCAAAAUGGAUUAUUCUAUAUAGAUAGAACGUCGUAUGACUAA